AUGUCAGCAGACCUCUUUGCAGAAUUUGGAGCAGAUCCGCCUCCCGGUCAACAGCAAUCGCAGCCUAUACCCAGCGCCAGAACAAGUGCACCUGCUGCAUCAGACUUCAGCUUCUUCAGCGGCCUAGGUCACACCCCGGGUCUGGCAACACCGUCGCAGCAACUCCCUUCAACGAGCAACAUUCAGAAUUUGGGUUCGACUUACGAACAAACAUCUACUGUCGAAGACAAUGACGACUGGGGCGAUUUUGAGGGCGGUUCAUCUCUCGAGCCCGCUCCUGCCGCCAAACGAGAUCCGUUCGCAUUUGCAUCACCUCCGGCCGCCCAACCGCAAUCAAAUGCAUGGAACAUCACCUCAGAAACCCACGAUCCCUUUGCAUUCGCAUCGCAACCAUCUUCGCAGCCGCUAGAGCAGACAUGGAAUCGAGCGCCGGUUGUGAAGGCCAAGAAAUCAGCCGACCCGAGCGUUUUGUUCGACGCGGAGGAUGAUCUUGAUGAUGAUGAUGACUUUGGCGAUUUUGAAGGCGAGCAGGAGAGUAAGACGCAGUCUACGGCACCCAUGGCAUCGUCUUCGGCGAUUGUGGACCUACUAGGCGACAUGAGCAUAGCACAGGCUCAACCACCCAGCACGAGUAGCAGAGAUAUUGCUAACGCAGGUCGGGGUUCAAAGCUUCAAGCGACGACAAACAAGAAACCCAGCACAGGCUUUGGUGCUGUGGCCAAACCAAAGCAACCCAUGCCGCCGCCCGCAGUGGCCCAAGAAGAUGAUGGAUGGGAUGAGUUUGACGACUGGGAGGCGUCCAUUCCUACUAAGGCAUCCAGCAAACCCGAAGCUGUGAAGUCGACUAGCAAAGCCGAAUCGAACAUUACCCCAGCUCCGAUACUUUCCCCUACGACAACAGAUCCGCAGGCCGGCGAGCUACCUCCUACAAACGUGCCCCCGCCUGGCGUAUUACUGUCACUUUUUCCGUCUCUGUUCGCCGAAGCACAGGAGAGGUUACUCAAGCCUAUGGCAGCCCAACCUUUGCCCAUGAGAAACAAGCUGCUAGCUGAGCCCGCGACAAUUGCCUACCUUCAGGGCUAUCUUAUUCUCGGGAAUGUCGCGGCGCAUAUCAUCGCAGGCAGGAAACUGCGCUGGAAGCGAGACCAGCAUCUGUCUCAAGGCAUGCGAAUCGGCCCAGCGUCAUCACGAGCAACUUCGGGGAUGAAGUUGACGGGCAUCGACAAGGGCGAAAACAUGAAAGAAGAGCGAGAGGUUUCCGAUGUGGUUAGAAGCUGGAAAGAGCAAGUUGGGCGACUGCGGCAUGUCGUGUCUGGCGCAAAUCAAAUCAAGGCGGGCACUCUAGAUCGUGGACCAGACCUGCAAGAGACGAUGCCAGUUAGGACACUCAAGCAGUCCGAGGGCGGUAUUCCUGCACGACAGCCCUGCAUGCUGUGUGGACUGAAACGAGAGGAAAGAGUGACUGCAGCGGACAUGGCCACGGACGAUAGCUUUGGCGAGUGGUGGAUUGAGCAGGUCAACAUGCAUCGAGGUGUGUCUAUGAAAUGGCCGCGAUGA